AUGGAUUCCUCACCUACACUCUCAAUCCAAAAUUUUACAAUUAUUUGGUUAACAAAUAUUAAGGAUGACACAAAUUCUCUUAUACAUCUUCAACGUAUUUUCAAUACAAGUAGAAAAUUUACUGAAGCUGCUGAAUGUAUUAAGUAUAUAACUGAAUUCGAAGCAAACAAAGUAUUUAUGAUAAUCGAUUGUACUUUCGAAAAUGAAUUAAUUUCAUUUAUUGAUGAAUUACCUCAAAUUAAUUCAAUUUAUUUAUUGAAAAGUCAGCAAAUACAACAUCAUUUUACCGAUUUACAAUCAACAAAAAUCAAAGGAACCUUCGACAAUAUUGAAUCAAUUUGUAAUUUAAUCAAAGGAAAUAUACAACGAUGGAAUGAUACUGAAUUUUCAAUUAGCAGUAUUUCUCCAGAAGAUAUUUCAAGCAAUGAUUUAAAUCGACUUGAUCAAUCAUUUAUGUAUUCACAAUUAAUUAAAGAAAUUCUUCUUGAUAUUGAAUACAAUCUUGUUAUAGCAAAGACUGAACUUACUGAAUAUUGUCGUCAUAUUCAAAGUUGUGGUGGUACAAAAAAUGUUUCAUCUGUUAUUGAUGAAUUCAAACGAGAUUACGAUAAACAUUCACCUGUUUGGUGGUAUACUCGAGAUUGUUUUACUUAUGAUAUGUUGAAUAAAGCAUUAAGAGAUCAAGAUGCAAAGACAUUAAUCAAAAUGGGUUUCUUUUUACGUGAUGUUCAUCGACGAAUUGAAUAUCUUCAUAGUAUGAAAUCUUUAAAUCAAUUGAUUGUUUAUCGAGGACAAGGAAUGCAUGAAGAUGAAUUCAAGAAGAAAAUACUCAUGAACCCAAGUGGUCUUCUUUCGUUUAAUAAUUUUCUUUCAACAAGUCGUAAUUAUGGCUUGUCAAAAGGGUUUGCCGACUUGAUUCCUAAAGAACAAACACUAGUAGGUAUUGUAUUUGAAAUGGAUAUUGAUGGAACAAUUUCAUCAGCACCAUUCGCUGAAUUAGAAGGUAAUGAUUCUUGUUUUGGUUCGGAAAAAGAAAUUCUCUUUUCAAUGCAUACCAUCUUUCGCAUCGGUGAAGUCGAAGAAAUUGAUAAUCGACUUUGGUAUGUUCGACUCAAAUUAACUAGUGAUCAUGAUAAAGAGUUGCUUCGUCUUAGCAAAAAGAUAUGUAGAGAAAUUCGUGGAAAUUCACCACGAUAUCGACUGAGUCAUUUAUUGGGAAAAAUGGGUAAAUUCAAUGAUGCUACCGGUGUACUUUUGGAACUUUUAAAUACAAUAUCGGAAAAUAAUUGGAUAUUUCAUGCUGCUAUUGAUCAUCAACUUGGAGUUAUGCAUAGAGAAAGAAGAGAGUAUGAUGUGGCAUUGUCAUUUUAUAAUGCAGCUUUGAAAUAUUUACAUCAUAUUUCUCCAAUCGAUCAUCAAUCUUUAGGCAUUACUUACAGUGAUAUUGGAGAAAUACAUCGAGAACAAGGAGAUAAUACGAAAGCAUUGAUAUAUUAUCAACAGACAUUGAAUCUUUUUGAAAAAUCAUUUAACGAUAUUGAGCCAUGGCAAUUUGCUACUCUUUACAGUAAUAUUGGUCAAGUUUUUCGAUCCAUGGGAGAUUAUUCUACUGCACUUAAAUUUUUUCGAAAAACAUUGACUAUUUUUAAAACAAAUCUUCUUUCCAAUGAUCCAUUAUUUGCUGUUAUUUAUAAUAAUAUUGGCUCAGUCUAUGAUGAGAAAGGUGAUAAUUUACGUGCAUUGGAAUUCUAUAAAAGAACACUUGCUAUCGAGCAACGAUCGUUACCAGCCGAACACCCAUCGUUGGCUAUUACUCACAAUAAUAUCGGGAAUAUCUAUGUUAAGACGAUGGAUUAUCAAAUGGCACUUUCAGAGUUUGAAAAAUCGAUUCAUAUCGCUGAAAACUCCACUGAUCCUAAUCAUCCAGGUUUGGUUGGCUUUUAUACCAACAUGGGUAAAAUUUACGUAUUGAAGGAUCGUGAUUUUUCGACAGCAUUAUUUUUCUAUGAAAAAGCACGUCAUAUACUUGAAAAAAAUGGUGCACCCGACAAUCCCGAUCUUGCUAUUGUUUAUUAUCAAAUUGGUGAUGCAUAUUGUAUGAAAAGAGAAUAUUGGAGUGCACUUGAUUUUCUUGAGAAAGCUCUUAAAAUUCAAGAAAAGAGUUUAUUAUCAGAUCAUCUUUCCAAAGCAUAUACUUAUGUCAGUAUGGCUAAAGUAUUCUACGGUCGUCUUGAUGAUAAAAAAGCCUCCAAAAAUUUGAAAUUUGCUUUUCAAAUUGCUUUGCAAGAUAAAACUCCUGCCCAUAAAGAAGCUUUUAAAAAAUUUCUCGAAAUUGCCACUUACAUGUGUCAAAACCGCAGUUCAUAUACACAAUCAUCAAAUGGCUUUUAUUUUUGA